AUGGCGCAUAUUGUUCAAAGUCAAUUUUGCCCAGAACGUGGUCUCAUUUAUCUUCUAGUAUCUGGUGACGACCCGGAUAAAAAAUGGAAAAGUGCCGAAGAAAUUUUGAGUUCUCGACCAGAAUUGAUAGAGCUACAUGAAAAACUGUACAAUUUGAAAAGCAAACAUUAUCCACAGUCUUUUGCAAUAAAACCCAGAUUAAUACCUAAAACUUAUCAAGAUUUAAUCGAGAAUUGUUUAGACGAGGAACAUUAUAAUGGAUCACUGGACUUGAUGGAAUCCUUUCAAAACGAGCGAGAAUAUCUUCCAGUAUAUCAUAUACGUCAAAUUAUGGGUAUAAUUGUAGAUGAGACAGUGGAAAAUUCACUCGUUAUUCGUGCCUACAAACUUUUGCAGCAUAUAUUGCAAACUUGUGGUGCCGAACCAUUUCAGAGUGUCUGGAAAAUUGAUAAAGCUAAUAUCGAACAAGGAUUCAUAUGGUGCGAGUAUCCUUUGGAUUUCUGGAAAUUUUUUGAAACGAAGCUCAUGUUAACAUUAAACGACGACUCAUCAUCAAAGGUGGAUCGAACAUUGAUGUUAUUAAAUCAUCUUACUAAUGUGCACGAGAUGGAUAUUAUAAAUAAUUUGGAAUCUUCGCUACUUAUACAAUUAUUCACCAAAAAUUACGGAAAGGUACGCACCAAUAUCAAAUAUCCUAUUGAAGCUUUGCUCGCUCCGUUUUCCACGGAUGAUAUCAUUCCUAUAAGAACCGCUCGUGUAGCACAACGACUACUUGAACAGAUUAUUCUCCUUUCUUAUGCAGGUAUUAUAUGCACCGAUACUUUGAAGCGUGAACUCUAUCUUCUGAUUAUCAAGUUAAAUCCAGAUAAUUUUCGGGUCUUUUUUCAAACACUUCCCUGCACCACUUUCAAAUGUAAAUUACUAGAUCAUGCACUCCAAGACACCAAUCUUGGAGAGGUACAACGCGAACAUCGAUAUCUUUGUAACGCGUCACUUGAUCUCUCGAAAAUUAUCCACGUCUACUUUCAAUCAAAACCUUAUUAUAGAAGAGUAUGUCGAUCGACCGCGAUAUGGCGUCACACUUUUAUGUUGAUGACUUUGCUUCAAAGCUAUAUUCAAUCGAAAUCCUUGCGCAUCUCAGAGAAAAUAUAUAAUGGGUUGCGUGAUGAUGAAAAGAAAUUAUUUGUUGAAGAUUUAGUCCGUCAAAAGUUGGAGGAAUUAGCUCAAUGGAUUGCCGAUGAGAAAAAUAUAAAAAAGGAGUUUAGACAAAGUGCUAAAUUAUUGAUUGAUUUAGCAAGCAUUGUGCUUGAUAUGCAGUGUUCGAUGGAAAUUGAGGAAAAUUGA